CAUGAGAUGAAACUUCAUGAUUCUGCAUGAACUCCAUUGUGGAAAGAGCUUUGCUUUUGAGACUUUUAUUGUAAUUGUGCUUUUAACCACAAGAGGGCUGUCCACCAUUACGGUGCCUUUUUGCACAUCUAUUGCACACUUCGGGUAACUUGACAGUGAUUUAUUUAAAGUGAGAACAGUGAGAAAAAUCUAAACACGAUUAGUUAAAUGAUUCCUUUUUUAUUUCUUUUAAUUGGAUUCACAUUUCCUACUUGGAAAAAUAAAGGUAUUCUCAGAUUUCCUUUAGCCUAUAAAUUAAUAACAAAAUAUUUUAAUUCUGAGAAUUAUUAAAACGAUGAUUUUAAGGACAUUUUAAAUGCAAUCUAAAUGUUGUUAAGCUGCUGUAGAGAGGUUAAUCUGUUUGAAUUGGUACAAUUUUUUAAUGUAUAUGCAUAAUAGUUUUGGUUUCUUAAACUAACAAACUAUAAAACUAUGUAAAACUAACUAUAAAGUCCCAAAAAUGCCAUUACAUUUUCUGUUUAGGCAGGUUACACAGAUUCCUGCAAUAACAAGGCCGCAAACAAAAGGACGUACUGUAAUUCAGUGAUCUCUAUCUGCAUGUCUGAAAUACAGUUUUCUGCCUCGGAUGAACUGUCACAUUUCUCCAGUGAGGCAGCCAUCAAAACAAAAAGCCCAAGGACAAUUCUUUUAAGAAACCAGAAGAUGCUUACGAAGUUUUCAGAGUAUGUUUUCCCUUAAAAAGUGAUUUACGCAGCUUGUGUGGAGUUUGCAUGCUCUCCUUGUGUACUGCAUGGAUUCUCUCCUGACAUGCUGGCUUCCUACCACAGCACAUUACAUGCACAGGAGGUCAAGGGAUGUGAAUGUGAGUGUGGUUGUCUGUCUUUGUGUCUUGGUCCAGGGUGUUUCUCCUUCUUUUGCAAAGUGACAGCUAGGAUAGGCUGUAGCCAUAAUACCAUAUACUGUAUAUUCAGUAACUAAAUAAUGAGUGGUAAUGUGAUAAUAUAUACAAUCUUAUUUUACACUCUCAUCUAAGCUGAGUAUUCAUAAAGAUAUUUAAACAUGAAAAGAUCAUACACAAGAAGCUAUACACUAGGCAAGGGAAAUGAUAUUGAUAUUACUGUGCAAAAGUCUUGAGCCACCCCUUAUUUAUUUAUUUAUGUAAGGAGCCAGAUUAUUUUCCAGUUGUUAAAUUGAGACUUUCUGAAGUUCUUUGAACGUUUUUUCUUUGGUUAUUGGCUGCUUUUUUUUAAAAAAUUUUUAAAAUUCACUCUCAGUCCAGUCCUUUUACUAUUUCCAUGUUUUUUUCUUUGUUUGUUAAGAAUAAGAAUCAAGUACAUGAAGUAUUAAAAAAGCAGUGAACUCAAUGAAUGAAUCAGUGUUGUGUCAAAAUACAACUUAGCAAAGAAUCUAUUUUAAAUGCUAUGUUUGGGCAAAUAGCAAAAAUUAGCAUUAGCAUUUUUGCACCAAUAAAGUGACUCCAAUGAGGUAUUAGCUGAAAUCUUGGUAAAUCUUAGCCUGGUGGGAAAUUUGUCCUUAAGAAAUUUUGAGGAAACUGGACAAGUGGAGGACUAAAGAAGAAGUGGAAGGCUUAAACUAUAGAUAUGUUUUAUUAUAGGAAAGUCAUGUCCUUAAGAACAAAUAUGUCAAAAACUUGGCGCAGGACCAGAGAGAUGCUUCAGACCCUUCAGCUGAGUUAUCUGCAGCUUCAUCAGAAAUGAUCUAAGAGAAGGAGAAGGUAAGUCAAGAAGUUAUUCUUCAGGAAGGGAAACAGGAAAAUUAAGCUGAAGUAUGCCAACUUACAGAAGAACAUGGUGGAGGCUCUGGCAUUGUUUUGGGGCUGCAUUUCAGCCAGUGGUGUGGGGAUCUUGUCAGCACUGAUGGAAUUAUUAAAACUGAAAAGAAUCAUCAGAUUUCAAUGCAACAGCAAUAGCAAGUAAUAGAUUUGGUAAUACCAGAUAUUGAGCUUUGAUCUCAUUAUAGUACUGUGCGAAAGUUUUAGGCAAGUGUGGAAAAAAAAGCUGUAAACAAAGAAUGCUUUCAGAAAUAUGAAUGGUUGUUUAUUGGCCCCAAAUGUAUUCUGCAGCAGAACGACGACCCCAAACAGGCAGCCGAAGUCAUUAUCAAGUAUCUUUAGUGUAAAGAUGAACAAAAGGUACUGAAAGUGAUGGUUUGUUGUUUGAUGUGUGUGUGCGUGUGGCAUUUUAUUGUGUGACCCUCCUGCGUCAGCUUUGUGUGCUUUAUAAAUAAAAUAAAAAUAUGAUUUGAUAACAAAUGAUGUAAAAGCUCACAAUCAGUUGCAAAGACUUACUAUAUCGCACAACCUACUAGUACGAACACUCACACAGCCUUGCCCCGAGAGAUUUGGCUUUGUAGUAGAUGCCUCUCCGUGGGCCUCCUUGUUGGAGUUACAAGCUCCAUUCACUGUUUCUCUCUCAGAGAGGAAGUCGUGGCAGAGCUGGGCAGCACUUCACUGUAACCUCACAAUGAAAGGCUGUGUGGUCUGAGCUGCUGUUUGGUCUGACAGGUGGUUAUUUUGUAUUGCAGAAUCCAGAAUCUUUCCGACCCACACUAUGGUUCUCAUCUCCAUACAGUGAUUGUGAGAAAACAGUAGUUUUUUUUUUGAUGGUUCUUAUUUUUAAUGAAAUUGCAGGUAAUUGACAGUUUGGUUAUAAAAAAUAACUAUUUUCUGUCUGGUGUUUUUUGGCUUUUAAAUCAGAUUUUAUGACCCCUCUCACAAACAAUUUUAUCGAUCACAUUGUUUUGAUUUAUCUGGUCUAAAAAAAUAAAAAAGACUUUUCCCCGUGUGACCGUGGAUGAAUUGAAAUUCAAUUUACUCAAAUGUGAUUCCUCCAUUUUUGUGCUACAGGAACACAUGAGACCUAGAUAAGACAAUAAUUGGUUAUUAAAGUGACGUGUGCCAUCGUAUUAUUCAGCUCGUAGAGUGUGUGUGCGUGUGUUUUUGACUAAGUGCACUCUGUCUCCCUCUCGACUGUCUAUUUUAAGGACAGUGGACAUAAAACAGAAAACAUGGCCUGAGGUUGUUGUCUUUUGUUUGUUUUGUUUUUUUCCUAAUCUUAUCUCCAAAAUAUGGCUCUCUGUGUUUUGUGUGUGUGCCCGUGUGCAAGGACUAAUUUGUGUACGUGUGCUUGUGGUGGAGACUAAAAAUCUACAGGAUGUGUUUCAUGAAAGGAUGAAAGAAAAAAAGGGCUGCUCCAUAAUUCUAGUAAAAUCGAGAUCAAAAAAGUGUUUGAAUGGGAAAUAGCCUACAGACAUGUUUUUAUAUGUAACAAUUACUGCUAAUAAUUAGUUUGUCUGGACUGUGGUUACUUCAUUUCUCUUUUCUGAUUUAUUCCUGUGCCCCUUUUCACCUGCUCUACAUUUCUAAUGCCAGCUUCCCCUCUCUUCUAUUGGCCACGUUUCUUUUGUUAGCCUCCUUCCUUUCCUCCUCCUCUUCAACACUACUUCUGCCUUUCCCUUUUCUGACUACUAACCCCUUUUCCUACACUAGAGUAGCUCAGUAAUACAGAGACUCGAAUCACCCUGGUAACCUGUGAGAGAAAGUGGCUUGGUUCCUGGCGUGAUCGCAGUGAGAGAGGGUGAGUGAGACGGAGGCAGACAGUGGGGCGACUGUGUGAGUGGAAGGGAGGAAGAGAGAGGGGAGAAAAAAAGGAAGAGAGCAGCUUGUUUUGAGCAGGAUGCUAUCCGGUGGCGUGUGCGUGAGUUGUAAAGGAGCAGAGGGCAGCUCUCUGGGGUUUCAGUCCCUUCAGUCUUAAGCAGCUGAGUGUGUUAACUCAGAAGUAUCGUCAGAGCCUGGCUGCACUGUUGGCCCCUCCUUAUGGAGCCAUGGAGAGUGGAUCCAACAAUGACAGACUCACAGACAAAGACAACAUGAAUUCAGACUCUGCAAACAAAGCUCACAACAAGAUCCCCUCAGAGAAGCUGCAGAGAGCUGGAAAGGUUCUCCGCAACGCCAUCCUGUCCAGAGCCCCUCACAUGAUUCGAGACAGGAAGUAUCACCUGAAGACAUACAGACAGUGCUGUGUAGGCACAGAGCUGGUGGACUGGCUGGUGCUGCAGAGCGCCUGUGUGCUCACUCGCUCCCAUGCUGUCGGGAUGUGGCAGGCACUACUAGAAGAAGGGGUGCUAAAUCAUGUGGACCAGGAGCUCGGUUUCUAUGACAAAUACCUCUUCUACCGUUUUCUUGACGAUGAGGAGGAGGACACACCAUUACCUAGUGAGGAGGAGAAGAGGGAAAGUGAGGAAGAGUUGCCGGAGACCAUCCUCUUUCUUGCCCAGAUUGGCCCCGAUGCACUGCUGCGCAUGAUCCUCAGGAAAUCGCCUGGUCAGAGAACAGGCGAUGACCUAGAGAUCAUCUAUGACGAGCUGCUUCACAUCAAGGCCUUAGCUCACCUCUCCAACACUGUGAAGAGGGAACUGGCGAGUGUGGUGAUCUUUGAGUCACAUGCAAAAGCUGGAACUGUGUUGUUUAACCAAGGAGAAGAAGGCACAUCAUGGUACAUCAUCCUGAAGGGCUCCGUUAAUGUGGUUAUCUAUGGAAAGGGUGUGGUGUGUACACUUCACGAGGGUGAUGACUUUGGAAAGUUGGCCCUGGUUACAGAUUCACCUCGGGCUGCAUCCAUCGUCCUGAGAGAGGACAACUGUCACUUCCUGCGUGUGGAUAAGGAAGACUUCAACAGGAUACUCAGGGAUGUGGAAGCUAACACAGUGCGUUUGAAAGAGCACGAUCACCCUGUGCUGGUGUUAGAAAAGAGUCCUCGAGCCUCCACACUGGGAAACAUAAAGUACACUGUGAUAUCAGGAACUCCAGAGAAGAUUCUUGAGCACUUCUUGGAGACGAUGCGGAUGGACAUACAUCACAGUGACCCAGACCCAGCAGUGGAUGAUUUUGUCCUCAUGCACUGUGUCUUCAUGCCCAACAGCCAGCUGUGCCCUCUGCUCCUGUCACAGUACCAUGUGACAUCGCCGCCUGGCUCUGAACAGGAGAGGUUGGAGUAUGCACUCAACAGUAAAAGGAGGGCCCUGAUUAUGACCCUGCGCUGGGCAAACGCACAUGCCUACCUGCUACAAGAGGAACCUGCUGCGAUCUUUUUCCUGGAGGAGUUGUAUGGAAGUCUAUCCAAUGACUCCCGUAUGCUGAGAGCUUUGAAAGAUUUGGUACCUGACCUGGAGAAAGUCGUCAAAUUGCACUCCGAAGAGGCCAAAGCAACAAAAAAGAAGACCCUAAUACGACAGUUCAGCAACGGAGAGGAAAGGCUGCAGAAGAAACAGCCAAUUAGAAAUCAAGAUGACAUCCUAUUGAAGGUGUACUGCAGCGAUCACACCUACACUACAAUCAGGAUUCCCGUGGUGGCGACGGGACGAGAAGUGAUCAGUGCCGUGACGGACAAGCUUGGCACUACCGAUGAGCUCCUGCUGGUCCACCUCAGCUCUGCGGGUGAAAAACAAAUCUUGAAGCCAAAUGAUGUAUCGGUGUUUUCUACUUUGAGCAUCAAUGGGAGAUUAUUUGCCUGUCCUCGAGAGCAGCUCAACAGUCUAACUCCUCUUCCAGACCAGGAAGGGCCCACUGCAGGCUCCAUGUCAACUUUUGAGCUGAUGAGCUCCAAGGACUUGGCUUAUCAAAUGACGAUGUUUGACUGGGAGCUCUUCAGCUGUGUUCAUGAGCAUGAGCUGCUCUACCACACGUUUGGCUGCCAAAGUUUUAAACGAACUACGGCUAAUCUAGACUUGUUCCUGAGGAGGUUCAACCAGGUCCAGCUGUGGGUCGUCACUGAAGUCUGCCUCUGCGGACAGCUCAGCAAGAGAGUCCAGCUCCUCAAGAAGUUCAUCAAGAUAGCGGCACACUGUCGAGAAUUUAAGAACCUCAAUUCAUUCUUUGCCAUCAUCAUGGGGAUGAGCAACCCUGCUGUGAGCAGAAUGAGCCAGACGUGGGAGAAACUUCCCACCAAGUUUAAGAAGUUCUAUGCUGAGUUUGAGAACAUGAUGGACCCAUCAAGGAACCACCGGUCCUACCGACUUACUGUUACCAAACUGGAACCACCGAUUAUCCCCUUUGUGCCACUUCUUCUAAAAGAUAUGACAUUUACACAUGAGGGCAACAAGACAUUCAUUGACAACAUGGUCAAUUUUGAGAAAAUGCGUAUUAUAGCAAACACAAUUCGACAAGUGAGACACUGUAGAAGCCAGCCAUUCAAUCCUGACAUUUGCCAGCCGAACAAGAAUCAAGCGGAGGUCCGGGGUUACGUUAGGAAGCUCUGCGUGAUUGACAACCAGAGGGCGCUGACGCAGCUCUCCUACCGGCUGGAGCCUCGGCGGACAUGAGCUCCAGAUCCUCCACCACGACGCCUUCUCUGUGAUGUUAGCAUAAAAAAACCGAUAUAAAAUAAAUCAACACAACAGUAGCAAAUCGCAGCAUUCAGUGACUUUAGUGUUAUUAUGGACUAUUAAGGACUGUGCCGUGAAAAGCCUCUUCUCCCUGGACAAACAGAAGCUGUUCAGCUGCUCUCUUGUCGCCGUGUCUCAGUCAACAGGCUGAGGGUUCAUAUCGUACUAAUUAUUACUGUUUGGGACCUGUUAGAUAGAACUGUAAUGUAUAGAACUUGAAUCAAUAUCCUGCAUGACUGAAAUUCGUAGACCUUGUGUUCUAUACAGUGGAUUUCUAUCAGAGUGUCCUGUAAUGUCGUGCUACCCCAAAUGAGCCCUAGUUUACAAUAAAGUACUGUACCUGCCUGUAGAGGAAAUCGUUCUAUCCUGAUGAUCCCACUCAUAGACGCAAAACAGGAAACCCCACAAAUUGUAGUGAUCGAGACUCUUUGUUUACCCUGGUCAAUAUUAAAUCUCAAAGAGCAUACUUACUUUAUAAUCUAAAUAAGUCUAUAAGGACCUUUGAAAAUCUGUAGGAUUUGAUGUCCUUUAGGUAAAUAUCAGUGUCCAUUAAUUAGUUAGACACUUUAAACCUACUUAACAGAGUAUUAGUCAGAUUAAAUUCUUAAUGGUAUUACCGGCAGUGUUCAAAUGGGUCACUGUAGUAUUUAUUGUGAGUUUUAUUUGGAAUUAGGGUGCAGCCAAGCGUAUAAACCAUCCCGGAUAUGUUCUGCUGUCAGUUGCAAUGUCUUAGAUUUGGACUGACUGCAGCUACAGAGUCUAACUUACACUUUGAGGGGAAAAUCUUGUCAUCUCUACCAGUUGUGUUCAAUCCAUGUAAUUUUAUUUUUGUAUAUGUGCGUGUAGAUUUUGAGUGCGUUCUUUACAAGUGUCAUUAAUUUUGCUUUGAUCUCAGGAGCUUUUGCUGUGCUGGUGUGUGUUGAGAACUGCAGCGAGGCUGCCUUUUCCCAAAGCAGCCUCUAACUGUACUCUGUGUAGUCUGCCUUGUAAAUAAAAAAUAGCUAAUUUAACAGUUCUAAUGGUUUGGUAA